AUGGCUAUGGUCGACCUCGAACCCAGCGAAUGGCGCGAAGAGGAGGCGGAGGCCGAGACGCACGGCGAGCCCGGCGAGAUGUACGAGGUGACGCCAGAGUACGUGAACCUGCUUACUGCUCCGACAGAAAGCUACCUAUGUGAUUUGGAGCACAACAUCUACAACCUUCAGUUUGUUGAUUUCAGGAUCCGGUCGUUGGACGAGGGCAACGAAGGGAUCACUGCCUCGAUCGGCACCAAUCUUCGCAAGCACCGAUGCUAUGACUUCACCAUGCCCUUCGUAAUCCCGAACACCAGGAAUACUUGGGAGAUGAUUUAUACCAAACCGGAGCUCAGCGACGAGUGGAAGGAAGCACUGAUCAGCAGCCCUUGGGAAGUUCGAUCUGAUAGCUUCUACUUUGUCGACAGGCGCCUCGUGAUGCACAACCGUGCAGAAUACAACUAUGGGUAUUGA